AAUCAAAACAAGUAACAUCUAUUUCUGAUGAAGUAGCAAUUAACAAUUCAAAUAUUAUCCAUAAACUAAAACUGUAAAUUGAACUAUUCACUGUGACUGAAAGAAACUGAACCAAGACUUCGGCUUAAAAAUGGUGACGUCUUAUUACAUCAUGAAGAUGAUUAAUAACAAGAAAAUAAUGAAUGCAGAAGAAUACUACAGCGGUUUGCAAAGUGCACCAAGAUUAGCCGUGUAUAAUAGACAACUUAAGUGCAGAGUUUGCCUUCAGAAUGGCGAAGUAUCCAUUUUAGGCGCUGAGAACGCUCAGGACAUACAAGAUGCUUUAAAAACCUUUGGCGAAAUCGCAGACUUAAACGAGGUCAAUGAAAACCUCAAAUAUUUAUGUACUAUCUGUUAUAAGUUUAUAAAGAGUGCUAUUCUAUUUAAGAUAAUUGCACAACAAACAAAUGAUACAUUAAAGCUACAAUUAGAUGUAGUUUCACCUGAACAUAGUCAAGAUAAUGAUAUAGAAACAUUUGAUGAUGAUAAAUUUAAUGAGGAUUCGAUUUACGAAAAUUUUUCUCCGCCCAAAAAACCUCCAAAAGUUCAGUGUUACAUAUGCAAAAAAAUGUUCAGCAAGAGAUAUUAUAAAACACAUAUGACCAUGCAUAAUCCAAAACACAGAAACCAGUAUGUGUGUGACACUUGUGGCAAGACAUUUAGGUUGAGGGUCAGUUAUUACAAACAUAGACUCAGGCAUAGAACUGAUUACUCUUUCAAAUGUAAAGUAUGUCCUUUCAAAGCCAGAUAUGAUGAGAGUCUGAAACGUCAUAUGCGUUCUCAUAUACGUGAUUACAAAUACAUGUGCACAGAAUGUCCAGCCAGAUUUCUAUAUAAGAGCAAUUUGAAUUAUCACAUUAUGGUGAAACAUAAAGAUCCAGAAUUCAAAUGUGGUUUGUGUGACAAAUUGUUCCAUACAAAAUUAAAUCUAGAAAGGCAUCACGAUGUAGAGCAUCUUGGAAAUAGAAGUCAUGCAUGUAACAUUUGUGGACGAGCUUUCGGCUACAGGAAAGCAAUGGUGAAACAUCAAAUAAGAGUGCACAAGAGAGAAAAAUUGAAGCUACGUUUUAAUAAUUCAAAUUACAAACCCUUAGCUGAAAAUAAUGAAUAAUACCUAUA